AUGCCCUCCAAAUCGCAAUCACAAAACGAAUCCACCUACACAGACCCCGAGCUACGAAAAGAAGUCAAAGAGGAGAUCCACGCUAGCGACAAAGGCGGGAAACCGGGGCAGUGGUCUGCGCGGAAGGCCCAACUAACCGCGCAAACCUACAAAUCGCGUGGCGGGGAUUACACCACCAGCAAAGACGAGCAAAAAAGUCCACAAGAGAACCUCUCCAAAUGGAGCGAAGAGGACUGGCAGACGAAGGAGGGGACCGGGGCAGCGCUCCAGAAAGAUGGGACCAGGAAGAGGUAUUUACCGCGGAAGGCGUGGGAGGGGAUGAGUGAGGGGGAGAAGGAGCGGACGGAGAGGAAGAAGGUGAGGGGGGGUAGGGAGGGGAGGCAGUUUGUUGGGAAUACGGGGGUGGCGAGGAGGAGGAGGGGGGAGGUUAGUAGGGGGGUUAAGGGGGAGGAGAAUGGAGAAGAGGGCGAAGAUGAUCAGGAUGAAUAUGUUGAAGAUGAGGAUGAAGUGGAGGAGGAAGAAGAUGCUGAAGAGCAGACCCCCAAGAAGAAGCAGAAACCCACCUGAGGCUGAAUUAAGACUAUUAAUAAGUGAGGCUUAUCUGUGGAAUUCAGUGUACACAAGAUGAAAUUCAUCCCAGCACAGCUCAUCCUCGCGAUGCUUCCUCGUCAGUCCCUCGGCCUUGAUAGUGGCUCUGGGGCAGAUUGUUCAGCUCAUCCUCCUGGCGAUCGAGCUUAUAAUUCGUCAACCAGAACCCGAUCCCCCCGACAAAUGCCAGGAUUGCCACCACGGCGUAGUUCCAAACCAACAGCGGAUCGGCCGACAAGCCCACGAGCGCCUGACCGAUAGCCGAUGAGAAUGCGUUCAUAAACAGCGACACGGCCUGCACGAGAGACCGCAUAUUCCGCGGCGCCUUAGUAAAGGCAUACUCAAGGGACGUAAUAGACGCGAAGAUCUCCGAAAGGCCACCAAGCACGUAAAUCAGGGCCUGCACCCAGACAGAUAUUGGUGAGUGGGAGUUGUACUC